AUGAAGUUCUCUCCCAUUGCUCUGUUCGCCACGCUGGCCGUUGCUACCCCCAUCACCUCCCGCAAUACUCUGGCUCGUCGCCAGGCCAGCGAAGCCUGUCCCAUUGGAUACUGCACCGAGAAUGGCGGCACCACUGGUGGCGCCGGCGGCGACACCGUUACGGUCACCACCGUUGACGCCCUGAUCGAGGCCGCCCAGAGCGACGGCCCUCUGACCAUCAUUGUGUCUGGCCAACUCUCAGGGAACACUCGCGUCAGGCCCACCUCGGAUAAGACUAUUUUCGGUGAGGCUGGAAGCUCUAUCGAUGGUGUUGGCUUCUACGUCCGCCGUCAGAGCAAUGUCAUCCUGCGCAACCUAAAGAUCACCAAGGUCGAUGCUAGUAAUGGUGAUGCCAUCGGUAUCGAUGAGUCUACCAACGUUUGGGUCGACCACGUUGACCUUUCUGGUGACCUGUCUGGCGGCAAGGAUGACCUUGACGGUCUCUUUGAUGUUUCUCACGGCGCGGAUUGGAUUACCAUUUCCAACUCUUACCUCCACGACCACUGGAAGGGCUCCCUGAUCGGACACUCUGACAGCAACGCCGGAGAGGACACUGGCAAGCUCCACGUUACUUACGCCAACAACCACUGGUCCAACGUUUUCAGCCGCGGUCCCCUCAUCCGCUUCGCUACCGUCCAUUUGAUCAACAACUACUGGAACGGUCUCAUUGAUUCUGGUGUCAACACCCGCAUGGGAGCCCAGGUCCUUGUCCAGAGCUCCGUGUUCGAGAACUCCGCUGAGCGCGCCAUCUUCUUUGACUACUCUGACGAGACUGGCUACGCCGUUGCCGAGGAUGUCGACCUUGGCGGCUCCGUGAACUCGGCUCCCGUGGGCACCCUGACCUCGAGCUCCCUGCCAUACAGCAUCCCUGCUCUUGGCUCAGGCUCCGUAAAGGCUGCCGUGGUCGGUACCGCCGGCCAAACCCUGUAA